UACCUGUGUAAUGAUCAUAAUGUUUAAUCACCUUCUUGAAAUGCCACACCUGUCAGGUGGAUGGAUGAUCUUGGCAAAGGAGAACUGCUCACUAACAGGGAUGUAAACAAAUUUGUGCCCAAUAAUUUGAGACAUAAGCUUUUUGUGAGUAUGGAACAUUUUUGGAACCUUUUACUUCAGCUCAUGAAGCAUGGGACUAACACUUUACAUGUUGCGUUUAGAUUUUUGUUCAGAAUACAUGACGUGUCCAUAGUAAAAUGCCCAGCGAUGACACACGGCUCCAACUACUACUAACUAUCACAUGGAAUUCUGAAAGGGACUUGGGAAGUUUCGGUUCAUGGUGAGUCACCACAGUACUCGUGGUCACCAGCGCGGGGAGAGAGACUCCAGUCACGCCACCCUCCCAGCACUGUGCUGUGUAUGAUUGCCGCGAUGCAGGCAGGCUAUUCGUUCAAGGAAUAGGAUCGUAGUUGGAACACUUUAGAGAACAGGUGGUCGGUAAAAACGUUAACGUUUAGACGGUAUGAAGAGACGAUGAAGAUUAUUGCCGUCUGCUUGUUUGGAAUACAAUCUUUUUGACACCAAAGGAAAUUCAUAAUUGGAACAUCCUACAAAGUAGUGAGGAAUACACCUCAACGGAAGUACAUCGGGAUUCGGGAACUAAUAUGAAAGUGACAGUGUGUUUUGGGAGAACCAGGGUGGUGGUUCCUUGUGGCAAUGGAACUAUUAAAGUCCACAGUCUUAUCGAGCAAGCCGCCAUGAGAUAUAAAAAGGCUAUUGCGAAGGAUCCUGGCUACUGGCUACAGGUGCACAGGUUGGAGCAUGGGGACGGAGGCAUACUGGAUCUGGACGACACACUGUGCGAUGUGGCCGAUGACAAAGACAGGCUGGUGGCAGUGUAUGAGGAGCAGGACCCUCACCAUGGAGGCGAUGGCACCAGUGCCAGCUCAACGGGCACACAGAGCCCUGACCCCUUCACUGCCGUCGCAGAGCUCAACUCCAGCAACAUGUCCGCCUUCCAGCCCUACCAGACCAGCAGCGAGAUAGAGGUUACCCCCUCCGCCCUGCGCAGCAACAUGCCUCUCCAUGUUCGGCGCAGUAGCGACCCCUCUCUGGCAGGCCUUCCCCUGGGUGACCCACAUACAGCACCGGAGGAACCAUCCCGUAAGAACCCCACACGAUGGUCCACCACGGCAGGCUUUCGCAAGCACAACCACCACCACAGCCACAGCCACAGCCACAGCCAAAACACUGGGACCAACAGCCUGGAACGCAAGGAUGUAGAUGCGUACCGGAGUCUCCCUCGUGAUUCAGCCGUUUGGGCCACCCAGUUCCAGAGAGAGACUGCCCGCUCCUCACUCAGCGCCAACCACCCCAUGGUGGACCGUUGGCUGGACAGACAGGAUCAGGAGGAGGAGGAGGAAGAGGAGAGGGUGAACCAGGAAGAGAGGAAUGGGAGAAUAGAGCCGGUGGGGAGAGCAGACUCCUGUGUGGAACACUCCCCAACGUUAUCUCUGAAUGACAUGCUAAAGCUGGUAGAGGUGUCCAAUGUCGGCGGGCCUCUGGGGAUCCACGUUGUGCCUUUCAGUGCCACGGACAGAAGGACCCUUGGGUUGUUAGUGAAGCGUCUGGAGCGCGGCGGCAAGGCGGAGCAGGAAGGUCUGUUCCAGGAGAACGACUGUGUCGUCAAGAUUAAUAACGGGGAUCUGAGGAACAUCCGAUUUGAACAAGCCCAGAACAUGUUCAGGCAGGCCAUGCGUUCUCCUGUCAUUCUGUUCCAUGUGGUCCCAGCCUCCAUGAAGAGCCAGUAUGAGCAGCUCUCCCAGGAGGAGCUUAGCCCCCCAUGUCCGAGGGGGGAGAGGGGUAACCGGGGAAGCUUCACCUCCAGCCAGGCCUCGGACCCCCAGGCCCCGCAGCCGGGGGAAAGGGGUAGUCUGGUGGUCCACGGGGGGGUGGGGUUGGACCACAACCCACAGAGGAUGUCCUCCAGGUCAAGACCACACCCCAUUCCCAUCCCCAACAUCAAACACCAGAACCAUGGUCCUCUACCACAGCGUGUACCAGACCAGCGCUUCUCCACCUCGCUACCUCACAGCGGAAGCAACAACGUCUCCUCGGCCCCCUCUCCAUCCUUGCAGAGGAGAGUUAGUGCCAACCCUACUGCAGGCUACUUAAAGAAAACCGGCCGGAGACUGAACAUCCAGCUGAAGAAAGGUCCUGAGGGUCUUGGAUUCAGCAUCACAUCACGUGACGUCCCCAUAGGAGGCUCCGCCCCCAUCUAUGUCAAGAACAUCCUGGCUCGGGGUGCUGCGAUACAAGAUGGCCGCCUGAAGGCUGGCGACCAGCUGCAAGAGGUGAAUGGGGUAGACCUUAAUGGGAGGAGUCAGGAGGAGGUGGUAGCUCUACUCAGGAUCACCCCCAUGGGAGGAACAGUCAGUCUGCUGGUCCUACGCCAAGAGGACUCCUAUCUACCUAGAGAAGUGAAGUCAGAAGAAGAGGACCUGGUGUUGACCCCAGAUGGUACCAGGGAGUUCCUGACCUUUGAGAUCCCUCUGAGUGACUCGGGGUCGGCAGGUCUCGGGGUCAGCGUCAAGGGAAACCGCUCCAAGGAGAACCACGCCGACCUGGGCAUCUUUGUCAAGUCCAUCAUCAACGGAGGGGCCGCCUGCAAGGAUGGCCGACUGAGAGUCAACGACCAGCUGAUUGCCGUCAAUGGCGAGUCGUUGCUAGGGACGCCCAACCAGGAUGCCAUGGAAAUGCUUCGCCUGUCCAUGUCGACGGAGGGCAACAAACGAGGGAUGAUCCAACUCAUCGUUGCCAGGAGGGUUUCCAAGAGCAACGAGGAGGUUCCGGGAAGCUCGCGGGUGGAGGAGCAACCUCUGACAGACCCUCUGGACGACCAUGAGCGCCACAUCUCCCACUCCAUGUUCGGGACCAGAGAGUGCAUGGAUGACCAGCCCUCCAUGCCGCCACGCAAUGUGAUGAUGGGACCCCGCAUGAUGGGUAACUACCAGCUGUCUCCGACUGUGAACAUGCCCCAGGACGACACCGUCAUGAUCGAAGAUGAUAGGCCACCUGUGAUCCCCGCCCACAUGUCUGACCAAUCAUCCUCCAGCUCCCACGAUGACAUGGGCUUUGCUGCAGAUAACCCAGUGACUUGGGACGUGCCAAACCAAAAUGAGUGCUCCCUCAGUCCGGACACAGAAGACCCAGAAGAUUCCUUUCAGAGGGAGGGGUUUGGACGCCAGAGCAUGUCAGAGAAACGCACCAAACAGUUUGGCGACAAUGCCAAUCAGCUUGAGAUCAUCAAGACGCGCAAGUCCAAGAGCAUGGACCUAGGCUCUUCGACAGGAGAAACAAUUGGUCCCUCUCUGGGCCUGAAGAAGUCCAGCUCCCUGGAGAGCCUCCAGACUGCCGUUGCCGAGGUUACACUCAACGGGGAAAUUAACCUCCACAGGCCACGCCCACGAAUCAUCAGGGGGCGGGGCUGCAACGAGAGCUUCCGGGCAGCCAUCGACAAAUCGUACGACAGGCCAGGAGUAAUCGUUACUGCUAUGGAAGAGUGUGACCUGAAGGGAAUGGAGAAAUUGGAGGAGGACACCGAGGGGAGUACUCGGUCAGGCCGGGACUCCAUAUCUACGGCCACUGACCUGACCCUGCCACCCGGCAACUCUGUAACCAUGGAAACGCAGGUGAAUGGCAACGGCGAUAAAAAGAGGGUGAAGAGCGUGAGGGACAAGAAGAAGCCUGAGAGAGAUAAAGAAAAGGAGAAAGAAAAAGAGAGAGAAAAAAACAAAGCCAAGAAAGGGUUGCUGCUGAAGGGCCUGGGAGACAUGUUCAGGUUUGGGAAGCACCGCAAUGGAGACAAGAUGGAGCGCAAGGGGUCGAGUAAAUCUAAGAUGGAGGACACACAGGCGUCUGAGGAGGAGAUGCUACGGAUGAAACUGGAGCAGGAGAGGAUCCAGGCGAAGACGAGGGAGUUCCGUGAACGUCAAGCGUCGGUGGCGAGGGAGAGGGAGUACGCUGAGAUCCUGGACAUCAACCCCAACCUGAACUGCACCUUCAGCUCCAACGAAGACGAGGAGCACCCCUACGCAGGCAUCGGCUCCCUGGACGGGUCAUCCGAAGACAGCAGACAGGAGCCCCACCAAGGGCCCCAGCCCCCCCAGGACAGCGGUCCAGACCAGCCCGACCUGGAAGCCCUCUAUGCCCAGGUCAACAAACCUCGCAACGGACACCCUCCCUCAGCUGACAGCAACCGACUGGCGCCAAGUAACCAUGACCGGAUACGGCGUUUGAGGGUUGAGUUCCAGCAGGCCAGAGGAGAGGAGGACCCUGAUGACCGACGGCGCACAUACAGCUUCGAGCAGCCCUGGGCUAACUCGGAGACCUAUACCCUGACCGGACACCAAUCUGUUUCUGUGGAGUCACAGGUGCAGAGACCGAGACAAGACAAGAGACGAGACUCAUUUACACAGGCCCAAAGACAGUACAGCUCCCUGCCACGGCAACCUCGUAAGACCCCCAGCACAGUGUCCCAGGAGUCGUGUGACAAAGCCUUCCCGCCGGGCGAGGUCUUCCAGACGGCCAAGGAGAACCCCCGCUACUCAAGCUACCAGGGCUCCAGGAACGGCUACCUGCACAGCGGGGCCAGUGGCUUCAACGCCCGCGUCCUGCUGGAGACCCAGGAGCUGCUGAGGCAGGAGCAGAGACGCAGGGAGCAGUCUGAGGCCAAGAUGAGGCUACCGCCGCCACAGGAGGGGGUCCCUGUCACCAACACCGGUUACGAUGACAUUCACCCAGCCCCGACUCCAACCCUUCCCCAGGAUCCAGUCCUGACCCAGGCCCCGAUCCCUGUCACAGCCACACCCAAGGGCCCGUACCGCCAGGAUGUGCCCCCCUCUCCAUCUCAGCUGGCCAGGCUCAACAGGCUGCAGGGCUCAGAGAAAGGACAUCCAUUUUACUCCUGAUGGGCAAAGGAGGGAUAAGAGGAACUGGAG